AUGUUUUUCACAGCAGUCCAGUUUUUGCAGACAUCUGAGAUCUCACACGGGGAAGAAGCCGUUUUCCUGCUUCUGAUUGCAGGAAAUGUUUUGUACAAAAAUCAGAUCUUGUCAAGCAUCAGAUGUCUCACACAGGGGAAAAAAACAUAUUCAUCUCCUGAGUGCAAGAAAUGUUUUUCAGCUAAGUCCAAUCUUUAUACAGUGAAGGAAAUGCGUAUUUGA